AUGGAGGCUGAGACUGGUAAUGUUUCUGGCGAUGACCCGUGGAUCAGUAACAGUUACCGUCAGCUGCGGGCUCUGUUCCUGCUGCAGCUGGGCAUCACUCUCACACUGCAGUUUAACAACCUCCGGCAGAGACAGAGAGCUCGACAGCAGUGGAAGCAGCACAGAAACCUGCUCCCCAGCUGCCAUUCAGUCGUCUUGUCCUCAUGCUGUAUCUUGUGUUUGGAGGAGCGCAGGAACACCAGCUGCACUCUCUGUGGUCAUCUCUUCUGCUGGGAGUGCAUUACUGAGUGGUGCAAUACCAAGACCGAAUGCCUGCUGUGUCGAGCGAAGUUCCAGCCUCACAGUUUGGUUUACCUGAGAAACUACAAGUAG